UUUGCCAUAGACGUGUGUGCAGCAACAGCCAAGUGACACACUUGGUCAUGGACUUCAACCUCUUCAACUUGAGUGACAUCCUGGAUAUAAACUUCAGCAUUCCAGACUACAACUUUACUUUCCCUGACUUUCCUGACAUUACGAGGCCCAAGAUUCAGCCUAUUCAGAUCGUGGCUCUGACCUUCUAUGCUCUCGUGGUUCUGUUUGGCGUUCCUGGGAACGCCAUAGUGGUGUGGGUGACCGGUUUCAAAAUGUCCCCGUCCGUCACAUCCAUCUGGUUCCUCAACCUUGCGCUGGCUGACCUGCUGUGUUGCCUCUCGCUGCCUCUUCUCAUGGUGCCCCUCGCUCACGAUGAUCACUGGCACUUUGGCCCAACGGCGUGCACAUUAGUCAAAGGCCUUUUCUACUUGGUGAUGUAUUGCAGCAUCCUGCAACUUGUCUUCAUAAGUCUUGAUCGUUGGUUGCUGGUGGCCAGGCCCGUGUGGUGCCACAACAACAGGCGACCCAGGUAUGCUGUACUGGGCUGCGUUGCCGUGUGGUGCCUGGCCCUGAUAGGCAGCAUCCCUCAGUUUGUUUACACUCAAGAGAUCGUGUUGAGCGAGCACAAGCGGGAGUGUGUGACGGUUCACACAGUGCAGAGCGCCUGGCUCGUCACGUCACUCCGCUUCCUGUUCGGGUUUCUCCUUCCGUUCCUGAUCAUCGUCAUCUGCCACUGGAUGGUAUACAGGAGAGCUGACAAUAAAGUGACACAGAGGGGGCGUCGAUCCAAGCGGACGCUGAGGGUCAUUGUUGCCGUGGUGCUCAGCUUCUUCCUGUGCUGGCUGCCCCUGCACAUUGUUGACUUCGUCGUGUUGGUGACUCCUCGGUCUUCCCCUCACAGCCCCUCUGUCUACCUGGCCCAUGUUUUGAUGCUAUGCCUAGCAUACUUCAACAGCUGCCUCAACCCACUGCUUUACGUUUGUCUGGGGCGAAGUUUCAAAAACACUAUGAACCGCUCCUUGUGCAACAUUCUGCACUUACUCAGCGAUGAUCACGUGAGCAGGACCAGCAUCGGUACUAAUGAAACCAAGGCCACAAGCUCCUCAGAAAAGGAGAUGACUAACGUGUGAGCGGGUCCGUCAUUGCCAUAGGCGGUGAUCAACUGUGGCUAUAAAUGAGGCGGAUGGAACUUUAGCCAUUCCUUCAAAUAACUACAGUAAGUAAUUAUUAUGGCGCUUUCUAUGGGAAGUAACUAUAUUAGGUAAUAGAUGUCACAUGCCUCUCUAUGAAGCAGUAAAAAACUGUUUUCAUAUUGUAAAAAAAUACUUCGGUUGUUUUCCUGGUAAUAAUUUCAUGUUGAUAUUAAAGUUGUGGCAAUACAUUAUUUAUUUCUGUCAGUUGUUUGUCUUUCCCAGAGAGGAUAAUUGGCUAUUACCUCUUACAUCAGCUUGUGAAUAAAAGUCAUGAUUAAAUAUGAUUAAAAACUGUACUAGUAUAGCAUUAUGAUUCUUAUUAAGUUACUGGAGUAAACAGAAAUAAACAAAGUACAUUUUCCUGUGGUGGAAAUGGGUGAUAAUGGGUGCCCAGAUGUGUUUACAGACUUUUUUUAUCGUGACAAUUUUGUAUUUUUACUUGUGAGGUUAUUUGAAAGAAGUGAGAUCACGCUGAAUUAGUUACUCUGUUCUUUUGCUUUAAGAUAUCUAAUA